AUGCAUAUACUUGUAAUCAAUGAUGACGGGCCUCCAUCCAAUCAAUCCUCCCCAUAUGUCCACGCAUUUGUGCAUGCUUUACAGAAAACAGGUCAUCAUGUAUCAGUCAUACUACCCCAUCAGCAGCGUUCAUGGAUUGGAAAAGCCCAUUUUGUAGGCCAUGUGACCAAGCCCACCUACUUUCGUCCGGGAACACUCCACGAGGAUGACGGCACUACUCAUCCAAGACCUCUGUCGUCUGAAGAAGACGAGGAGGAAUGGGUCCUCGUCAAUGGAACUCCAGCGACAUGCGCUCAACUCGGGCUUCAUCAUUUCUUCCAAGAUAAACCACCAAUUGAUCUGGUUGUCUCAGGACCCAAUUACGGACGGAAUUCUACCUCGUUGUUCAGCCUGUCAAGUGGGACCAUUGGUGGAGCUAUGGAAGCUGCUGUGUGUCGGAAGAAGGCCAUUGCCCUCUCCUUCGCCUUCUAUUCUCGAGACCAUGAUCCAGAAUUGAUUGCUGGAGCUUGUCGUUUGUCUGUCAAACUAGUCGAGCAUCUCUACAAUCACUGGGAUGAGGAUGCGGACCUUUACUCUUGCAACGUACCUGUAGUCGCAGAUGUUGAGAACCACAAAGUCCUCUAUACCCAUGCUUUGCAAAAUUACUGGACUUCAGGUAGUUCUUUCCAAGAGAUUGAAGCUACCGAGGAUGAUGAAGAUCCUCAAAGCCGGGAGCAGGAGAUUAGGGAGAGCGAGGAAUCACAGAGCGCCAGCGCCCAGGGAAAGACGACGAGACACCAGCAUCGGCACUUCAAGUGGGCACCAAAGUUUAGCGAUAUACAGAAAUCUAUCGACGAGAGUCCACCAGGCAAUGACGGAUGGGCGAUCCAUCAAGGAUAUACCAGUGUGACUCCUUUAAAAGCGAACUACCGGCAUGCGUCCAAUAUAUCGAUGGGAGAGAUUAAGCUGUCUCCGGCAAACUCUCGGUCAUCAGCUCCAGUAUUCUACGCCGUCAUCGACGCAGAUCCUUAUGUGCUCCCACUGAUUCACAGCGCUCUCUCAGCGAAUUUUCCUACUCAGUCCUAUGGAUUCCUCGACUCGCCUCGCACAACUACCAUCCGAUGUCCAUAA